UCGGUGACGCAGACACGCUGCACCGGCUGUGAUGGCGGAUUGAUAUAACUUCAGACCCAACCGGGACACAGAAAGUCAUUCUACAUGACGGUCGCAACGGAGCCGCUGCACCGUACUCGGCCACCUGUUAAAGGACGGGAGCUUUCCUCGUGUUGCGUGUGUGGAGCGCUUAGCCUACCACGAAAUAGCAUGUAGGAAAGAGCACGUCUCGACUACGGCUGCUUGAACAAGGCUAAAACAGAUUGCUCAGGAGUGCGAGCAAAACGCAUGUGGACCAGCAAGUUAGCUGGGAUAAAUAGCAAAGCUUGAGCGAACCUGAAGACUGUCCCGUCUGGAUUUAAGGCGCUUGAGGAAAUAGCAAUUCCGGCAGGAUGAAAUUUGGAGAGCAUAUUUCGGCUCACAUUACGCCGGAGUGGAGAAAACAAUACAUCCAAUAUGAGGCCUUCAAAGAGAUGCUGUAUGCGGCCCAGGACCAGGCGCCCUCCAUAGAAGUCACAGAUGAAGACACUGUCAAGAGGUACUAUGCCAAGUUUGAGGAGAAGUUUUUCCAGAACUGCGAGAAGGAGCUCUCCAAAAUCAACACCUUCUAUUCAGAGAAGCUGGCCGAGGCCCAGAGGCGCUUCGCUACGCUGCAGAAUGAGCUGCAGUCGUCUCUGGACGCGCAGCGUGAGAGCAAUGCCCCCGCUGGCCUGCGGAGGCGCCACAAGGUGGUCUUCCAGCUGUCGCACGAGGAGCGCAACCAUCACCGCAACCUCAAGGACCUCAAGCUGGCCUUCAGCGAAUUCUACCUGAGCCUCAUCCUCCUGCAGAACUACCAGAACCUUAACUUCACAGGGUUCCGUAAGAUCCUGAAGAAGCAUGAUAAGAUCCUGGAGACGUCCCGCGGAGCUGACUGGCGUGUGGGCCAGGUGGAGGUGGCGCCCUUCUACACCUGCAAGAAGAUCACGCAGCUCAUCACCGAGACGGAGGCACUGGUCACUGCAGAGCUGGAGGGAGGGGAUCGUCAGAGGGCCAUGAAGAGACUGAGGGUCCCUCCUCUGGGGGCGGCACAGCCUGCGCUGGCCUGGACUACGUUCCGUGUCGGACUUUUCUGCGGCGUGUUCAUCGUCCUCGCAGUCGCCUUCAUCCUCACAGGUGUGGUGUUCCUGCGCGGCACUAACCAGUACAUCUGGCCGCUGGUGCGCAUGUACCGCGGCGGCUUCCUGCUCAUCGAGUUCCUCUUCCUGCUCGGCAUCAACACCUAUGGCUGGAGACAGGCAGGCGUCAACCACGUGCUCAUCUUUGAGCUCAACCCUCGCAACAACCUCUCCCAUCAGCACCUGUUCGAGAUCGCUGGUUUCCUGGGGGUGCUGUGGUGCAUCAGCAUCCUGUCCUGCCUGUACUCGGACUACAUCUGGCUGCCCAUGCAGGCCAACCCCCUCAUCCUCUACGGCUUCAUGCUACUCUUCCUCAUCAACCCCUUCAAGACCGGAUACUACAAGUCCCGCGUCUGGCUCCUCAAGCUGCUGUUCCGUGUGUUCACGGCGCCGUUCCACCGCGUGGAGUUUGCGGACUUCUGGCUGGCGGAUCAGCUGAACUCACUGGUGAUCCUGCUCAUGGACCUGGAGUACCUGGUCUGCUUCUACAGCAUGGAGCUGGUCUGGACCAACCCCAGCGGCCUGCUGCCAACCACCCCAGGUGACCGCGUGUGUCAUAAGUACUCGUACGGCCUGCGCGCCGUCAUCCAGUGUUUGCCCGCCUGGUGUCGCUUCGUGCAGUGCCUGCGCCGUUACCGUGACACCAAGCGAGCCUUCCCUCACCUGGUCAACGCCGGCAAAUACUCCACCACCUUCUUCGUCGUCACGUUUGCAGCUCUCUACAAGACCCACAAAGAGCAGACCCAUGAUGACGCCGACGUCUUCUUCUACCUGCUCAUCGUCUUUUCCACGGUCAGCUCCCUCUACACGCUGAUCUGGGACCUGAAGAUGGACUGGGGCCUGUUCGACCGCCACGCUGGCGAGAACACCUUCCUCCGGGAGGAGAUCGUCUACCCACACAAGGCCUACUACUACUGUGCCAUCAUAGAGGACGUGAUCCUGCGCUUCGCCUGGACUCUGCAGCUGUCUCUGUCCACCAUGACGCCCCACCACUCCAUCUCCGACAUCCUGGCCACCCUGCUGGCCCCUCUGGAGGUCUUCAGGCGCUUCGUGUGGAACUUCUUCCGUCUGGAGAACGAGCACCUGAACAACUGUGGUGAGUUCCGUGCGGUGCGGGACAUCUCGGUGGCGCCGCUCAACGCCGACGACCAGACGCUGCUGGAGCAGAUGAUGGACCAGGAGGACGGAGUAAAGAACCGGCAGGGCAAGAAGACUUGGAAGCGCAGCUACAGCCUGUCCCUGCGCCGGCCCCUGCUCUCCUCUCAGUCCAAGAAGGACACCAAGGUUCUCAUCGAGGACACGGACGACGAGGCCUUCAGCUGAGCGAUGGUCGCUGCUGUAGCCGCCGCCGCUGUUGGAAAUACUCAUCCUCUCUCUCCUGCACCCCUGACCGGUCCAUCACAGAGCUGCCUCAUCACACACGACCUCCUCCUGGACUCAUAAACACACACACACACACCUAUAUACAUAUAUACACACACACACACACACACACACACACACACACCUAUAUACAUAUAUAUCUACACACAUACACACACACACACACACACACACACACACACACACACGCACACGCACACACACAGACAAAUAAACAAUCAGAUGUUAAUACAGAGACACUUUUUUCUCUCUCUUUCUCUCUUUCUCUCUCUCUCUUACUCACACACACACACACACACAAACACUUACAUUCAUCUACAAAUACAUCCAGACAUGCAAUCCUAGGGACAGAGGAGACGGUAGACCAUGUGAAGCACAACUCAAUGACAUUUGGACAUAUCGGGACAGAUUUACUGUCAAAUAAUACGCCUGCACACACACGUUAUUAUGACACAUGCACACAUAUUCUCAGACAUUAUGCACACAUACACACACAGGCACUUCUUGGGAUUUUUCUCCAAGUAUUUUUUAAUCAGACUUUUUCAAUCAUGUUUUAUCUCUCUAUGUUAGUAAUACUUUUGUGUUUGUAUAUUUAUUUGUCAUGACAUUUUUAUUGAAGAUGCAUAAAUCAAAAUACAGAAAUAACUAAAUGACUGUUUACAAACCUUAAUUAGGACUUGCAGAGGACGACUGAGUGUCAGUAGGCUUGAGAUGUAGGAACAGGUAGCAGGGUAGAUCUAAUUCAACUCAACUCAGAUUGUGUGCAGGUGCCUGUGCAUGUAGGCUGAUUGUACCUCAGCAGAUUAUUUUUUUGUUUUUCAUAUAGCUGCUGGUGUUCCUUGGUGCACUGGUAAGACAUGUGCAUGUAGCUGCUGGUGUUCCUUGGUGCUCUAGUCAGACGUGUGCAUGUAGGAAUGAUAUAAAGACCCGUGAAGUCUCAAACUGCAUGGUCACACUGCAGGCGUGGUGAGGUUCUUGUAUAUAUUUUGUUUGUUCUCAUUGUCAUGCAUCAAUAUCAUGUUUAGAAUCAUAUUAUAUUUUUAUUUAUUGUUUAUGAGGAUGGCCGAGUCCGGGACGUCGGUGCAUUGAGUGAGAGUGUAAACCUACAGGAUUAGUAAGACUUCAGUACCGUGUGCUCUUACGAAGCACAACAUUAGGCCCUUUUGAAGCUGUGUGCUCUUACGAAGCACAACAUUAGGCCCUUUACAUUAGGCCCUUUUGAAGCUGUGUGCUCUUACGAAGCAUGUGAAACGGUGAAGAUUGUUCAGAUAUAUUGAUAUGUACUGGGCUUAAUGGCAGUGUCCGGUUACAGCCCGCACUGUUAAAGGCUACUCCAAAAGCAAUGGAGAGUUUAUCAUAUUGAUUAUGUCAGUCAAAAUUCUCAAAAGGAUUUCUGCAGUGACUGGUGCCAAUAAAUGACUCACUUAUAUAGAUUGACUGUGCUGAAAGUGUACUUUGAAUGACAACAUUUACAACGGGGCCAAUGCUGCAUCUAUCUAAAUCUCUGAUGUUUUUCUGCACAGUCAAAGCUCUUCCCCUGGGUACUCUUCCGCUGGUGCUGAGGAAAGAACAGGACGUGGUGUUUACAGUUCCCCAUCAUCGCCGUGCUUAGCUCUUAGAACGCCACAGCCAUUGGCUACCCUGGAAAGCACUUUCCAGUAGGCAAGCUCAUAAUGGCUCAAGAGGGCAUGUGAGGUAAAGCUCAUUGGUAAUGGUGCUACGCCAAUAAAAUUGAAUUGAGAAUGGAAUUGAAUUGUGGGGACCAAUUAGAUUGCGUUUACUGUAGCCAUGGGCCUUCCUGAUGGGAUAUUGAUAUGGAACUUUGAUGCAAUUCUGACACCACUGUGGCGCGGUUGUUUUCCUAUUCUGGUUUUUAUUCAUGGACCCCCCAGGACAUCUGAGCAUAUUGAGUUUGCAACUCUGAUAGUGUUCAUAAUAAGUUGAGCUCAUUUGAAACAGUAUUUGCUUUGGUACUCGAGUCGAGUGGACAGCAUUGCACAGCCGUGUGCCCGCGGUGUAGCGAUGGGAGUUACCAGGUUACCAGGUUACAGCGGUUACCAGGUUACAGAGGUUAGUCGUUCUUUCUGCAGUCCUAGUCUUUGGUGCCCCAGAGAGUGGCAGGCUCUGGCUGAAUUCUGGUUCAGUUCUGGCUUAGUUCUGGCUUAGUUCUGGGCCGGUUCUGGCUCAGUGUCAGUGGCUCUCUGGAAAGCAGGGGUAGGCUCUCAUGUCUCUCCUGGCUUACAACUGCACACCUAUCACAGCCUUCUUCUGACUGUGAGUCCAAGCUGAACAUGAACCUCAGCCUCAAACAGCUCUGUGUGACAAUGUCCAAGCUGAACCUCAGCCUCAAACAGCUCUGUGUGACCAUGUGACUCCCAUUGAUGUUGUGUUGCCCCAGAGCACUGAUCUGUGCUUCUCCCACCCUCUUCUCCUUCUCAUGGCUUUCCCUCAUAUAACUGGCCUGCUAAUAAACACAUCUCUGACAGAAAUACACUGCCCUGCUAAUAAACACAUCUCUGACAGAAAUAGGUGCAAUUGACAUUGUUUCUCAUGCAUGGCGUCGUUUUUGUAGUCGUUUGCGAGCACAAUCUGUACCGGUUGUAACUUUGAGAGCAAGCUGGCUCUAGUUUCUUAGACCUCCUGGCUCUCAGAGGAUGAAUACAUGUUCUCAGUGCUGCAUUGUCCGUCCUCCUCUCUCCCUGUUUGUGAUGCACGUAUCCGCCACCCUGUGCCAAAUAGAGUGAAGGCCGUCAUGUCAUGGAGUCAUGGUGAUGUCAUGUCAUGGAGUCUGUGGACCGUUUGUGAAACAUGCUUUUAUGUUGUGGCUUCCUCACUCAUCAUUUGUAAUGAAUCCAGGGGCAUCAGAGAAAGGAGAUUGUUUGUUUAUUUACCACUGUUGUUUGUACAGUAAUAUCUGUUUUUGUUUUUAAUUGGGGAUGUAUAAAAAAAAACAAGUAAUGCACUUAAUGGUUCAUGCCCUCAAAAAGAGUAGUUCUGAAGAUGAAGAUUGUGUAUGAUUGUAAUCUGAACCUAGCCAAUCCAUUUGUUGAGUGGUGUUAAAGGAGUUGUCAGUAACUUCUGACCAAUACUAUACAAAUGGAAAGAUUUCAGUAAUUGUCUGUACAGUAAUCUCCACAAUGAGAGCUAGAUGGGUGGACAUCUUCAUUCCUGUUGAAGUCCGAUAAGUAACCCCACUAGCUCCACUGGACAGCUCAUCUCCACCUCUGCCACCAAAGAACAUCCGCUGCCAGUCGGCCUUUAUUUACCCUUCUCGCAUAUAGCUUUUGCAUCGUCAAGCCUUCUCUGUCAAUGGAGUGCUCUUUACCUUUGGUUGCCUCUGUGAGUGACUAAGACAUACCCAAACGCACAUACAGUCACACACGCACACAAUACACACACACACACACCCACACACACACACACACAGAGUAUGUUCUCUCUGUGCACAAACUCCUUCUUUAUGAAUUGUCCCAUAACGGUGAGCACAACCCCAUCCCAUUCAGUCAGAAUGGCAUUCAUUAUUGCUUUGCUAAGUGUCUUGCUUGUAUGCUGCUUUUAUUUUUGUCAUUGUAAAUAUUUUAAUUUAUUUUUCCAUCGUGUAUAUAAAGUAUGCAUCUUAUUUGUAAUUUUGAUUAUUUAUGUACAUGCACAUAUAUUUGUUUUAACAAACAGUAUUAAGAUGAUGGGAGGGGGUGGGUUGUUUUGAUCCUGCACUCUUUCUUAUAUGUAAAACUUUUGAAAAUGUGUAUUUAAAAAAAAAUAAGAGGGAAUAACCUUAGUAAAUAUGGACUGUGGUUGAUCUUAUCUCGGUGUAUCUUUCUAAUGAUUUUCCAACCCCCUCAUCCCAGGGUUUGCAUCCAGGAGUAGUGUGUGUGGGGUCUGUGUGUUAUUCAGUUGGACUGGGUCUGAGAGAGGGGCUUGUAGUGGGCUCUGGAGGGUCCGGCCCAGCUCUGGGCCACAUACGGCUCAGGCCUGGCGUGACAUUAAUACAGUACAGAAAGCUGUGAAAUAUGGGGCUGGGUUAAUCAACUCUGCUUGAUAUGAAACCUGUGGAAGUGUCCCUUAAUAUGUAAACAUCAGGGUCGUUUUGUAAUUUUGACAGUACAGAAACCAAAUGCAAGCCCUGCUGUCAUCACAUCUUUCUUCAUGGGGAGACAUGAUAACGUGAUCGUUGACUUCUACUGCUUGCUAAACAGAUGAUGUUCAAGUGUGUGACCUUUGCAUAUUUUCUAACUUCUUGAUGUUGUAUCCUUUCUUCCUAAAAUAAAAGACUGUGACAAUGUUUGUAGUUGAUACUGUAGUUGUACUUUAGAUAAUUUAAGUGGACAAAAUGAAAAUAAAAUAGAAUCAGAUGUCUGUGGUUAUGUGUUUUGAAGGUAUUUAAAGAGAGAAAAUGUCUUACCGAUGCCCUUUUAAGGAGUAGUUUGUAAAUGUUCAGUGUAAUACGUUGUAUUCCAAUGGGUUUCCCGAUGGUCUCAUUUGUAUUUCUGUGUACACUUUGGUGGUCCUGUCACAACUGGGUUUUAUAAACCACGCUUAUUUGUAAAAUCUUUA